GGUGUAGAUGCGCGAACGAUCUCGUGUAAUCCACCGGCUCAAGCUAUUUUUGUGUAUCGGUAAAUUACAACCGGUAAGUUUACACACGCGGAAGAUUAAAAGAAAGCACCGCUUAAUGUAUAUAAUUGAUACAAGUGUCAAGAUUUACAUGUGAGGUCACCUGGAUACUGACUGAAGUCAGGUAAAAUACACUAUAUUUGAGGUUGUCAUAGAAUGGCAUCAGGAGAUGGGAGUCCUAUGACAACCCCACCACCUGGACCAGCUUACACACCUGAUAAUAUACAGAGAAUGCAACAAAAUAUCAAAAUGGAUGAGAAGGGAAUGUCUCCAAAUCCUCAACAAUAUGGAAGUCACAUGCAAAGACCUGGUGGCAUGCAUCCACAGGGCAUGCAGGGUGGUCCCCAGGGUAUGCCUGGACCUCAAGGUAUGCCAGGUCCACAAGGUGGUCCAGGGGCACCUCAGGGCAUGUCAGGUGCUCCUCAAGGAAUGCAGGGUCAGCAAGGAAUGACUGGAUCUCAACAAAUGCCUAGUGGACCACAGGGUAUGCAGCCUCAAGGGAUGCAAGGUCAGCAGAACAUUCAAGGUUCAGGUCCACAAGGAAUGAAUAACAUGCAUCCCCAGGGCAUGCAGGGAGGAAAUAUGGGACCAGUUCCGAAUAUGAGUAAUCCAGCCAUGGGUGGACCUAACAUGACUGCACCAGGUGGUCCUGGCAUGGGAAGACCUGGUAUGCAAGGCCCGGGACCAAAUAUGGCAGGUUAUAUGAACAAUCCAGCAAUGAUGAGUGGGAACCAAAGUUCAAACAUGCCAUCAGGACCUGGUUCUAAUAUGCAGCAAGGUCAGCACAUGGGACAACCCAUGGGACAAAACAUGCAAAGCCCAGGAUCACACAUGGGUGGUAAUAUGGGUGCACCUGGACAACAGGCGCCAAACAUGGGCAAUCAGAUAACAAGACCUCCAAGUAGUGGAUCUGAUGGACAACACAUGAACAUGCCUCAAAACCAAGCAGGUACUCCGAACCCAAAUCCUGAGGGCACAAACUACAACCAAGGUAUGAGUAUGCAAGGCAGAAAUGUUGGACCUGGUUCCAGUCAAAUGGGAGGUCAAAUGUCAGGGAACCAGAUGGGUACACCUAUGAUGGGAGGGCCACAAGGUCCUGGGAACCAGAUGCCAGGCCAGUCACCCAUGAGGAAUCCAAACUUCAUGCCUCAGCAGCUUCACCAGCUCAGGGCUCAAAUCAUGGCAUAUAAGUUAUUAUCAAGAAGUCAGCCACUUCCUGACCAGUUACGACUAAGUUUAGAGGGGAAGAGGACAUUUCAGCCUCCUAGACCACAAGUUGAUCAACAGCAACAGAGCAUGAGGAUGCAGCCGCAGCCUCCACCUCACCCGCCUCAGUCACAGCAACAACCACAAGCUCCACCCAUGCCACAAUCUCAUAGCCAAUCACAGUCUCCUGGAGCCACAUCUGCUCCUCCUCCUCAGACAGCCACUCCUGGUGGACCACCUAGUACAACACCACCCCAGCAGAAGCUAGGGCCAGGUGGGACACCACCAAACGCCUCCAUGCAGGCUUUAAUGAGCAUGCAACAGAAACAGAACAGAAUUGCUCCUGUAACUAAACCUGUUGGCCUUGAUCCCAUUGAGUUACUAAAUGAAAGAGAAAACAGGAUAGCUGGUCGAAUAUCAAUUAGGAUAAAAGAACUUCAGAACAUUCCUAUGACUCUAACAGAUGACAUAAAGACUAAAGCAACUAUAGAACUGAGAGCACUUAGAUUACUUAACUUCCAAAGACAGUUACGACAAGAAGUUGUUGCCUGCAUGAGAAGGGACACAACUCUAGAGACAGCUCUCAACUUUAAAGCAUAUAAACGAGGUAAACGUCAAACACUAAGAGAGGCAAGAUCUACCGAGAUUCUUGAGAAGAAACAAAAGAUGGAACAAGAAAGAAAAAGACGACAAAAACAUCAAGAAUACCUUAAUGCUGUGUUACAACAUGCGAAGGAGUUUAAAGAAUUCCACAGAUCAGUCACGUCUAAAGUGGGCAAGUUGAACAAAGCUGUAUUAAUGCAUCAUAUGAAUACAGAAAGGGAACAGAAGAAGGAACAAGAAAGAUUAGAGAAAGAACGUUUAAGAAGGCUCAUGGCUGAAGAUGAGGAAGGGUAUAGAAAGUUGAUUGACCAGAAGAAAGAUAAACGUUUAAUGUACUUGCUACAACAAACUGACGAGUAUAUUGACAGUCUCACAAAACUUGUAGAGCAACAUAAAGUGGAACAGAAGAAAAAAUUACGUAAAAGGAAGCGAAAGAAGAGGAAUGAUGAGGAAGAAGUAGUGAGUGGUGAGGAGACACAUGUAUCUGUUAUAGAGAAGGAGACGGGUAAAAUCCUGUCAGGUGAAGAUGCUCCUCUCUCCAGUAACUUGAAGGAAUGGCUAGCAAUGAAUCCUGGAUAUGAGAUAGCACCUAAGGAGGAGGAUGAUGAAUCUGGGGAGGGUGAAGAAGAAGAGGAGGAGGAAGAAGAAGAAAUGACAUUGUUCUAUGGUGAGGAGGAGAAAAAAGAACCAACAGAGAAGAAAGAGGGACCAGAAACUGCUGGUGUUCAUGAUGAUGAAUACAUGAGCAAGAAGAAUUACUAUGGACAAGCUCAUGAAAUCAGAGAAAUUAUCAAUGAGCAAGCUGCUAUUAUGAUCAACGGCAAAAUGAAAGAAUAUCAGAUAAAAGGUUUGGAAUGGAUGGUAUCUCUAUAUAACAACAAUUUGAAUGGUAUCCUAGCUGAUGAGAUGGGACUGGGAAAAACCAUCCAGACUAUUGGUUUAAUUACAUACCUGAUGGAUGUUAAAAGAGUGAACGGACCUUUCCUCAUCAUUGUACCUCUCUCGACAUUAUCUAACUGGAUGUUGGAGUUUGAAAAAUGGGCACCAUCUGUAUUGAAAGUUCAGUAUAAAGGUUCACCUCAAGCAAGGAAACAGUUAGGUGUUCAGUUAAAAGGAGGAAAGUUUAAUGUGUUACUUACAACCUAUGAGUAUGUGAUAAAAGACAAGGCUGUACUCUCUAAGAUCCGCUGGAAGUAUAUGAUCAUAGAUGAGGGACAUCGUAUGAAGAAUCAUCAUUGUAAACUUACACAGAUCCUCAAUACUUACUAUGAGGCUCCAUUCCGUCUACUUCUGACAGGAACACCUCUACAGAACAAGUUACCAGAGUUAUGGGCCUUGUUGAAUUUCUUGUUGCCAAGUAUUUUCAAGUCAUGUAGCUCUUUUGACAGUUGGUUCAAUGCUCCAUUUGCCAUGACUGGAGAAAAGGUUGAAUUAAAUGCUGAAGAGUCCCUCUUGAUUAUUCGUCGUCUUCACAAAGUGUUGAGACCUUUCUUGUUGCGUAGAUUGAAGAAAGAGGUAGAAUCUCAGCUUCCAGAAAAGGUGGAGUAUGUACUGAAGUGUGACAUGUCAGCAUUACAACGUCUUAUAUACAGACACAUGCAGAACAAAGGUGUUCUUCUCACAGAUGGCUCAGAAAAAGAAAAGAAGGGUCGUGGUGGAGCUAAGAUUUUAAUGAAUACUAUCAUGCAGCUGAGAAAGAUAUGUAAUCAUCCAUUUAUGUUUCAUCAUAUAGAAGAAGCCUGUGCUGAAAUGCAGGGCUCAACAGGAGUAGUCACCGGACCAGAUUUGUACAGAGUAUCAGGCAAGUUUGAAUUGCUAGACAGAAUCCUGCCUAAAUUAAAAUGUCAGAAACACAAAGUCUUGCUGUUCUCUCAGAUGACCUCCCUCCUUAGUAUACUUGAAGACUACCUCCUGAUGCGAGGUUUCCGUUACCUUCGUCUAGAUGGUACAACAAAGGCAGAAGAUAGAGGAGAACUCCUAGCAUUGUUCAAUAAAGAGGACUCGCCAUAUUUUAUAUUUAUUCUCAGUACAAGAGCUGGAGGUUUAGGUCUGAAUUUACAAACUGCAGAUACUGUAGUCAUAUUUGAUUCUGACUGGAAUCCUCAUCAGGAUUUACAAGCCCAGGAUAGAGCUCAUCGUAUUGGACAGUUAAACGAGGUGCGAGUAUUACGAUUCUGUACAGUGAAGAGUGUAGAGGAACGUAUCCUUGCUGCAGCAAGAUUUAAGUUGAACGUUGAUGAAAAGGUUAUACAAGCUGGUAUGUUUGAUCAGAAAUCUACUGGAUAUGAGAGACAAGCCUUCUUAAAAAAUCUCCUACAACAAGAUGCUGAAAGUGAUGAGAUAUGUAGCUCUGAAACCAAUGAUAUACUGUUACAGGAGGAGGAUGAGGUACCCGAUGAUGAGACCAUUAAUCAGAUGUUAGCCAGGUCAGAGGAGGAGUUUGAUAUAUACCAGCGUAUGGAUAUAGAGCGUAGAAGAGAAGAAGCUAAACAAGUGCCACGUAAACCAAGACUUAUGGAGGAGUCAGAGUUACCUGUCUGGAUAGUGAAAGAUGAGGCAGAGGUUGAAAGAAUGACGAUGGAAGAGGAUGAAGAAAAGAUGUUUGGACGUGGUUCUCGACAGAGGAAAGAGGUGGACUAUUCUGAUGCAUUGACUGAGAAACAGUGGCUCAGGGCUAUAGAAGAAGGUGAUUUAGAUGAAAUUGAGGAAGAGAUCAGAAAAGAGAAACAAGAUAAGAAAAAACCAACAAGAAAACGCAAAAAGGCCCCAUCAGAAACUCCGCCUCCAAAGAAUGGUGGGGACCCACCUGUGAAAAAGAGGCGUGGCAGGCCUCCAGUGGAAAAACUGAAGCCCAAUCCACCUAAAGUGGAGGCACAACUCAAGAAAUUGCUUGAUAUUGUACUUGGUUACAAGGAUAGUGAUGGUAGAAUGUUGAGUGCUGCAUUUGAAAAGCUUCCAUCAAAGAAAGAUCUCCCAGAGUAUUAUGAAAUCAUUACAAAUCCUCUAGAUUUUAAGAAAAUUAAGAAACGAAUCAAGGAUCACAAGUACAGAUGUCUAGAAGACCUUGAAGAUGAUAUCUAUACACUAUGUCAAAAUGCUCAACUCUAUAAUGUUGAGGGGUCUCAGAUCUACGAGGAUUCAAUAGUGUUACAGUCAGUGUUAACAAAUGCUAAGGAAAGGAUGAUGAAAGACAGUAGUGAUUCUAGUGAUGAUUCCAGUGAUGAUGACAGUGAUAGUGAUAGUGAUGACAGUAGUGAUGGUGAUGAUACAGACACUCAGUCUACAAAAUCAAAAAGUAAAGAAAAAGAGAAAGAUAAAUCAAAAGAAAAAGAUAAAACAAAGACCAAGACGCCAAUGAAAACUCCGGUCCCUUCAGGCAAACGGACAACACCCCCUCGUGGUAGGCCACGCCCAGUUAUCAGUGAUGAUGAAGAUGAUGACGAAGAUGAAGAUUAGAAAUAUUCUGUAUAACUUUAUACAUGACCACUGUCUGGUCAUCAUUACUGACAGGAAUAAAUGAUCAGUGCGAGACAACAAUUUAAAGUACCAGUCAAUUGGUACUAAAGUUAUUAGGGCUUAUAGUGUAAAUAGUGUUUGAAAGAGGUGAACCAGGGAGGCCAUGUGUAGUUAUAUGAUGUGCAAUUUGUUUAUUAGAUACAUUAAGACAUACUUCUGUAUGGAUAUAUAUAUUUAGUUAUGAAUAAUCCAUUAAUUGCUUCAUUUUAUUAGUUAUUUAUCACACCAUGCUGUUAAAUGGUAAAACAUCAUUAACAUUAUAUACAGUGUAUGUUGAUCAUAUAUGCUGUCAAUCACAUGCUUUAUGAAACCUUUCAGACAAGUACAGAUAUGAUACAUAAGUAAAAUUGUUACUAGGUUAAAAAUGACCAGACCAGAAUGUUGCGUUUUAUUUGAGCUGGCAUUCCUGUGGUAUGAUAAUUGAGUUAUUUACAAAAUAAAUCGUAUCAUGCAGUCAUGUUAAAGGUUUUGAGCUUCAAUAUUAAAUGACUGCUUUCAUCUCGUAGCUGUAUAGAAAUAUUUCAUUUACAAAAGUGCAUUCAGAGAACAUUUUUACACUCCUUAAAGACUUGUCAGUAAAAUUUAUUGCUAUUGUUUGCUUAUAUAUUACAUCAUCAUUGUGUUGUUUUGUCAGGAGUAUGUUACUGGGAAACAAUAAUUCAGAUAUUUGAUCUAUUGUGCUGUAAAUUAUGUUUGUGUUAAAAUCGGUUUCUGAUGUUACACAGUAAAAUUGUAACUAUCAAGUGUUAUGUCGAUGUGAAUGUAUUUCUUGUAAUAAAUGGAAAGAAAUUUUAUGAUAAAA